AAUUCGAGUACGUACUAUACAGGUAAUAAGAAAUUACUAAUAAUGUAGAAUCUAUCCAUAAAAGUGUAUGGAAUAGCUUGAGGAAUAAUGUGUUUAUACUGUAUUAACAAUAAAUAUUACUGUAAGUAGUCAGUGUCCAGUGAUCACUGCUCCGUGAGUAACUAUUACAAUUAUUUAUUGUUAGUUCGUUAUCGGUUAUUCCUCUAUGGCUGUUAGUGGUUGUUUUGAAUGUAAAUGUCAAUCGUAAAUAUUCUUUAACUAUGGCUAUGCUCCUAUGGUAGUAUGGUUCGAUGUUCACUAUUCACUCAUCACUCGUCACUUCGUCUGAUAAUUAAUGAAAUAAUAAGUGAAAUGUCUGGUUUUUUUUAUAUAUAGACAUUGUUCGUGUAUUUUUAGUUGUUAAAAUUUUAUGUUUGUCUUUAAAGAUUUAUGAUAAAGAAUUGUCACUAUGGAUGCUUAUGAUAAAUUAGAAAAAAUUGGUGAAGGGACCUAUGGAGUUGUGUACAAGUGUAUGGAACGUUCUUCAAAAGAAAUUGUAGCAGUAAAGAAGAUACGUAUGGAAAUGGAAGAUGAAGGUAUACCAGCUACUGCUAUCAGAGAAAUUAGUAUAUUGAAAGAACUUAACCAUCCAAAUAUUGUGAAUUUAAGGGAAAUACUUAUGGAUGACUCACGAUUAUAUUUAGUAUUUGAAUUUGUCCCCAUGGAUUUAAAAAAAUUCAUAGACUCUAGGCCUAAAAAACACUUAGAUGAAAUGAUGACUAGAUCUUUUACUUAUCAGUUAUUAGUAGCCAUCUAUUAUUGUCACGUGAGGAGGAUAUUACAUAGAGACUUAAAACCGCAAAAUAUAUUAGUUAAUAUAAAACAUAAUAUAUUAAAAGUUGCUGAUUUUGGUUUGGGUCGUACUUUUGGUUUGCCAAUUCGUGUUUACACACAUGAGGUAGUAACAUUGUGGUAUCGAGCUCCUGAAGUGCUAUUAAAUACUCAAUGCUAUGGCUGUCCAAUUGAUAUGUGGUCAGUAGCAUGUAUAUUUGCAGAAAUGGCUUGUGGAAAACCUUUAUUUCAAGGAGAUUCAGAAAUUGAUCAACUUUUUCAUAUUUUCAGGAUAUUAACUACACCAAAUGAAAAUACAUGGCCUGGUGUUUCAGAAUUAAAGGACUACAAACCUUCAUUUCCUACAUGGAGCGAAAACAUAUUAAAGAAGUCUGUCAAGAAUAUAAAUAAUGUGGGAUUGGACUUACUUCAAAAAAUGUUGAUCUACAAUCCAAGUAAACGUAUCAAUGCCAGAGAUGCACUACAACACCAUUAUUUCAAGGAUCUCAAUAAAAAUACUCUUCCAGCACUUCCAGAAAUUAAAUUUUGA